AUGUCAUUAUCCAAUGCAUCUCAUCUUGGAGAGAUUGAACUUGCUGGAAAUAGAUUUACUGGCAUAAUCCCUCCUAGCCUCGGACGUUUAUUAGAGCUGCAAAUACUACUUCUCUAUAGUAACCACUUAGAAACCGUGGCACCUGAUGGAUGGACAUUCCUAACCGCUUUGACCAAUUGUACCCAGUUGGAGUGGUUGGACAUAUCGUCAAAUAAUCUUAGUGGCAUGCUACCGAAUUCCAUCGCUAAUUUUUCCACCAAUCUUCAGCAUCUAUAUAUGCAGAAUACCUACAUUUCAGGAACUAUAUCAUCUGAUAUCGGAAAUCUCGUAAACCUUGUGAUAUUUUCUAUGGAUGGAAACUUGCUUUAUGGCUCUAUUCCUUCAAGCAUCGGGAAGCUUCAGAAGUUGCGUGAAUUGUAUUUGGACAAGAACAAGCUGUCUGGAGAGAUUCCAUCUACCAUGGGCAACCUUACUCAAUUGACUAAACUUUUUCUAGUUUUUAAUGAACUAAGCGGAAAUAUACCAGCAAGUCUUGGAAAGUGCCAAAACCUAAUAUAUCUAAAUCUUGGAUCUAACAAACUUACGGGUAAUAUACCCAAAGAAAUAGUCUCCAUAUCCGGACUCUCCAUAUCUUUAAGAUUGGAAUCCAAUUCACUGUCAGGGCCAAUACCAUCUGAAAUCGGGCGCUUAAUAAACGUGAAUAUAUUAGAUUUCAGCAUGAACAAAUUGUCUGGUGAAAUCCCUAGCAGUCUCGGUCAGUGUCAAGUGCUGGAAGGACUUUAUCUUGGUGGAAAUUUCUUUCAAGGAAGUAUUCCUUCUUCUUUAGCCUCGUUAAGAGGCAUCCAGAGUCUUGAUGUUUCAAGAAAUAACUUAUCGGGAGAAAUACCAUAUUUCUUACAGGACUUUCAUGGCCUAGACUAUUUGAAUCUGUCCUUCAAUAACUUUGAAGGUGAAGUGCCACUACUUGGUGUGUUUGCAAAUGCAAGAGCAGUUUCAGUUAUUGGAAAUAGUGAGCUUUGUGGAGGGAACCCAGGAAUGCAUCUGCCAGCUUGCCCUUCUGAACCCUUUAACAAGAAACAUGGAUCGCGUACAGUAAUAGUGAUCUGCGGGAGUACUAUUUUACUUAUAUUUGUGAUUCUUCUUUUCUGUUUCCUCAUAGUCCGAUGCCGUCGAAAAGGUUCAAGAAGAAAAUAUCUUGACUCAUCACCCACAAGAGAUCAAUAUGUGAAGGUUACUUAUGGUGAUCUAAUGAGAGCCACAGAUGGAUUUUCUGAGGACAAUAUAAUUGGGACUGGUAGUUUUGGUACAGUAUAUAAAGGGCUACUCGAUGGUGAAGGUAGGAAAGUUGUUGCUGUAAAGGUAUUGAACCUUCAAAUACAAGGAGCAUCGAGGACAUUU